AUGCCCAAGCCUGUUGACAGUUCUACUCGCACUAAUAUCCUCCUCGACGGUCUAUGGCGGUUCGUCCCGGACAGCGAGGAUCUACACGAACCUUGGAAGACGACUUUACCUGGAUCUAUGGAAUGUCCAGUCCCAGCAUCUUACAAUGACAUUUUCGUCAAUCCAUCUCUUCGCAAUCACGUCGGUAAAGUCUGGUACCAGCGUAUCUGCCAUCUCCCUCGAGGCUGGGAUCAAGACGACACCAUCCUCCGAUUCGAUGCUGCUACUCAUGCUGCCGAGGUCUACAUUGACGAUGAACAUGUCACUUCGCAUGUAGGCGGAUAUACCCCGUUUCAAGCGGAUAUAUCCGGCAAAGUAUAUCCAGGCAGAUCAUUCCGAAUCACCGUGUCUGUUGACAACACUUUAACCAACGAGACCAUCCCACCGGGCAAGGUCAUCACGACUGGCAAUGGCAAACCAUCUCAAACGUAUUAUCACGACUUCUUCAACUACUCUGGUCUGUCAAGAUCGGUCAGGUUAUGCUCAGUCCCAAAGACUCGGGUCGAAGACAUCACCCUCAUUACUGGUCUUGAGGGCUCGACAGGGACAGUCAUCUACGAUGUGGCAACGCAUGGAGAUGCAAAAACUGUCCAGGUCGAGCUGCUAGACGUCGACCACAAGGCUGUAGCGUCUGGGAAAGGCCUCAAAGGAGAGCUCAAGGUCUCCGAUGCCAAUCUCUGGGGUCCUGGAACACCAUACCUGUACACCCUUCGAGUUCGGCUGCUGGACGGCUCAACCAUAGUGGACGAAUACACUCUAUCCGUUGGGAUUCGUACAGUCGAGGUGAAAGGUCUACAGAUAUUGAUCAACGGCAAGCCAUUCCAAUUCAAAGGAUUUGGUCGUCACGAGGAUAUCCCUAUUCAAGCCAAAGGGCACAAUGACGCCUGGAUGGUACACGACUUUGAGCUCAUGAAAUGGUGUGGCGCCAAUUCGUUCCGAACAUCUCACUACCCUUACGCAGAGGAUGUGAUGGAUUAUGCCGAUCGACAAGGGUUUCUAGUGAUCGAUGAGACGCCAGCUGUGGGACUCAACCUCAACAUUGUCGGAGGUCUCUUUGGAGCUGGGAGAAAGCCAACAUUCUCAAAGGAGUUUGCAAACGACAAUACGCAGAAGGCUCACGAGUCAGCCAUCAGAGAGCUUAUACAGCGAGACAAAAAUCAUCCGUGUGUCAUCGCUUGGUCCAUCACCAAUGAGUGUGGAUCCGAUGAAGAUGGAGCGAGGGAAUACUUUGAACCUCUCGUCAAAGUCGCAAGACAGCUUGACCCUACUCGACCUUUGACAUAUGCUAAUUGUCUGACGUCGCCAUGGGACAAGGACAGGAUCGGAGACUUGUUCGACUUCAUCGGCAUCAACAGAUACUAUGGAUGGUAUCAAAACAACGCUGACCUCGCAUCGGCAGAAAUCGCGCUCGAAAAGGAUCUGCAGGGCUGGCAGAGCAGAUUCAAAUGCCCCCUCUUGAUCAUGGAGUAUGGUGCGGAUACCAUGGCAGGUCUUCACGCAAUGGAAGGUCUGCCCUGGUCAGAAGAGUACCAAUCCGACCUUUUGACAAUGAGUCAUCGAGUCUUUGACAAGAUCGAAGCUAUCGUUGGGGAGCACGUCUGGAACUUUGCCGAUUUCCAAACUGGUCCCGGUAUCAUCAGAGUGGAUGGGAACAAGAAGGGAGUCUUCACACGAGAUAGAAGACCAAAGAUGGCAGCGCACACGUUGAGAAAGCGCUGGACUGAAGGGCGUCAGUAA